CAAGCGAAGGUACGUUUGUCGGUGGUUCAGAUUGCUGUGCUGAAGUUCUCAUCAACAGCGUUUGCCCGUGACCAGUCGGCCACGCUGUUACCGCUCAUGAACCAAUCUAUGGCUGCAGGACACGUACAGGAAUUCGCGUGCUUCACCGACUAUGACGAAGAGCUGGUUUGUGACUGGAGGGUGCCUGCACAAACCGAUUGCUCCAGGGACUUCCUGCUCUACUACAAGAGUGAAUUUCUGUCAUUGCCCAACAGCGUGUGUGUCCCUGAGAGUGGAAAAGGCAGUUUGACGUGCACUUGCACAAUACGUCCGAAGUAUUUUGUAUCAGGCCUCACGUAUAUUCUGACUCUGCGGCUCAACGGGACCGAUGUGUGGAAUUGCAGUGUUACACCAGCCCUGGUUGUUAAGCCAAGGGCCCCCAAAAAUCUUGCCAUUGAGAAAGCUGAAAAUGGUAAUUUCAAUCUGAGCUGGGAGGAGAGCUACUCUCCUUCAUCCAUGCUCUUUGGACAGCCAGUCGUCUAUGAAGUGAAGUACUGGAGGAAGCAGCACCCAGCGGAGGUUUCUGUAAAAGCAAUUAACUACCAGGCCAAAAGCUUUGAAAUCACUGCAAGCUCCUUGAGAGGAGGCUCCGACUACAUUGCGACUGUACGGUGCAACUACACGGACUACCCGGCCUACUGGAGUGAGUGGAGCGAGGGAGUUGAAUUUCACUACGAUUACCAGGUAACGGCUGAAGACGUUCUGCAGCUGGCUGUGCCCGUGUCCUGCAUACUCAUCUUGGCAGUGUCUGUGACUUGUUACUUCGGCUUCACCAAGUACGUAUCGUGCUGCUCACGGCUCGCGCAGGGUAGCAGUUGCGCAGAUAUCAGUGUUGCUGUUGACUAA